UCACAUAACAGGUGUAUAUUGAAGUAUGAGUACUUUUCUUUUACUACACUGCCAUGGCCGCUGCCAGCCUGGUGUCCCUUUGGGUCCUCUUCUCCGGCGUUGCUUUGUUUCCUGGAAGUUGCUCGCCGCAGCAUCAUAACAUUCUUAAACUUAAAAUGAUCUCCCCCUUCACUCAUAACCUUUCAACCUCCAAAAUCAUUGACUCCCAUCUCCAUAUCUGGGCUUCUCCUCAAGAGGCUUCGGAAUUCCCUUAUGCUCCCGGACAAGAGCCCCCUGUACCAGGAAAUCUUCAUUUUUUGCUCCAGAAUAUGGAGGAGGCAGGAGUAGAUGGCGUUCUCAUUGUGCAGCCAAUAUUUCAUAAAUUUGAUCAUAGUUAUGUCACAAGUGCUUUGAAGAAAUACCCGACCAAAUUUGUUGGUUGUUGCCUUGCUAAUCCAACUGAUGAUGGAAGUGGACUGAAGCAGUUUGAAGAUCUUGUCUUAAAGGAUGGUUAUCGUGCUGUUCGAUUCAACCCAGAAUUGUGGCCAGCUGGGGAAAAGAUGACAAAUAAAGUUGGGAAGGCAAUUUUCCAAAGGGCUGGAGAACUGAAUGUACCAGUGGGAUUCUUGUGCAUGAAGGGGAUUGGUCUAUAUAUGUCUGAGAUUGAGCAGUUGUGCACAGAAUUUCCAUCAACAGUUGUAUUGAUUGAUCACUUGGGCUUCAUCAAACCACCAUUGAAUGAAGAAGAAGGUCUUGUCUUUUCUCAGCUUUUGAAUCUAUCUAGAUUCCCAAAAGUAUAUGUGAAAUUUAGUUCUCUUUUUCAAGUGUCAAGAGAGAAGUUUCCUUAUCUGGAUUUGGCUCCUCUUUUGUCCCAAGUUGUCGCUAGCUUUGGUGCUAACCGUGUUAUGUGGGGCAGUGAUUUUCCAUAUGCUGCUGCUGAAUGUGGCUACAAAGAAGCCAAAGAAGCAGUGCUUCUUAUUGCCAACCAGAUCUCUUUGCCUCCGUCUGAUUUAGAGUGGAUCAUGGGGAGAACUGUUGCACAACUCUUCCCAAACCAAUGGACUGAUGCUAAGCAAGGUUUUCAUAGAGAGCGGGAGUGAUGUCUCUCAGAUUGAGUCUUAUAAAGCACUUUCACAUGUUGUAUUCUUAAAUUAUAUGUUGAAUGUAACAUGUAAAAUUGUCUCUGCACUGAUGACAUUUGUUCUUGUCUUUGGUAAAUUCGUACACCAAUAUUUUUGUUGGUUGCCCUGCUGUUCUAGGUGAAUAACCAGCAUUGAAUAAGCAUUUGACUUUGUUACAUUCUUCUA